AUGCCGCCGGACGUGAAACAUGCCCCAGAAGGAACUUGGGAGAGUGAACGAGGUUUCGGCGAGGGCGAGGGUGCCUGCAUCGACCUCGACAUGGCCGUGAUGUUGCGGGAAGAGACACGAAAGGUGCAGCAGUUGAUGGAGGAGCUUUUUUCCAAACAGGCUAACAUCCUAGGAGAGCUUCACCGCCGUGUCUCCUCGAUCAAUCAUGAUACCUUGGCCUUGAGUCGGCCGCGGUCCGACUCGGACGGAGCGAAGGCGGGCUUCGAACAUUUGGGCAUGGCGUCCCAAGCCACACAGGACUUUGAGAAUGUGAAGAUCAAAGAGGAUCCAGGAUCGCCUUCAGCCUCCUACAUCUCACAACAUGUGGAACCGGAGCCUUUGCCUGAAGGAUGGCUUUGUGAAGCAGCCCAUCGAGUGGCAGCAUCGUCCAUUUUCUCCACGAGUAUUAUGCUAGUGAUUGCCUUCAACUUGGUCAUGAUGGGCGUGGAGGUGGAUUUAGCAACACACCUCCCUCCAGGUGAAGAACUUCCUCCUGGGUAUUUGUACGUCAAUAUCAUCAUCGUUUGCAUCUUCAUUUUUGAGCUGGCAAUCAAGCUCACAGCUUAUGGGCUUAGACUCUUCUUUUGUGGGUCCGAGUAUUUGUGGAAUUGGUUUGAUGUUGUGAUCGUGGUGACGUCUUUGGUUGAGACGAUCAUGGAUGUCGUCACCAAAGCAAAUGUUGGGAAUUCCUUGGAUUCCAGCCACCUACGCGUGAUGCGAGCCGUUCGCCUGGCGCGUGCCUUGCGAGGCGUUCGGGUUGUGAAACUGAUCCGAUCCAUUGGGGCGUUGCGUUCAAUCGUUUUGGCGAUUGUGAGCACCUUGUGGUCUUUGGUUUGGACCUUGGUCUUGCUGGUGAUUCUCUUCUACGUGAUAGGUGUAAUCCUUGCUCAGCUGGUGGCCGACGGCUGCACUGCUCUUCAGGCUUCAGAUCCCAGCCGCACUUGCGACAUCGUGGCAGGCGAGGACAUGCGCUAUUGGUUGGAUGUGCCAGAGACGAUGCUCACCUUGUUCCUCUCGAUUUCGGGUGGUCUCAGCUGGGUGGAAGCCUUGGACCCCCUUCGAAGGAUCUCGAGUUUGGCUUCAUUCCUCUUCAUCUCGUACGUGUUCUUGAGUAUCUUCGCAAUCUUGAAUGUUGUCACGGGCGUGUUUUGCCAUCGGGCGAUUGAAAGCGCCCAAGCCGACAAGGAGAUCGCCAUCAUGAAGCAAAUGGAAUGGAAAGAAGCUCAAUUGCGAGCCUUGAAAGGAGUCUUUGUGGAGAUCGACGCAGACAAAUCCAAUGUCAUCACCACUGAGGAACUGGAGGUGGCCAUGUCCAAAGACUCCUUGACCAAUUUCUUGGAAUCGAUGGACAUCUCGACCGGAGAUCUUCGAACCCUGUUCAGGAUCAUGGACCAGGAUGGUAGUGGCGAAAUCUCCUUUGAAGAGUUCAUCUCGGGUUGCAUGACGCUUCAGGGCCCCGCGCAGAGCAUUCAGGUGGAGGACCUGCGGCAUCAGACGAUGAUCCUGCGGAAGGAUAUUCAACGAAUUGGCCGCGAGUAUUGCAGUAGGGCGAGCGAUCGGGCACGGGUUAGGGCGGUUAGGGUUCGGAAAUGGGGAAGGCAAGAGGCUAUUCCGAGCGAUAGAAGGAUGGACUUGGAGUCAAGGAUACUCAAGGUGUGA